UAGCGUCGCUGAAAAAAUUUGUUUUUGUCUACCGUUGAAAUUUGCUUCGAAUAUCAAUCGAAACGGACCGCUGUGCAGACUGGUGUCGGUUUCGGUAUAUUAUUUGAAAAAUAUCUGCGCAACAUUCAAAUUUGAAAGGCUCGAGAGGACUCCUUAUAUACGAGUCAAUUGUGUGAUCAAAGACAGAAGCAACGAGUGAAUUUCUACCAGAAUCGUUCCAUAUUCGUCCGCGAUUAUUUUUCCACUCAAUUUCGUUUUUUAAUGACUCAAGUUUAUCUAGGCUUAUACAGAAGCGUCUGCAAGCAGUACGUACGUUAUUUUGAAUGCGUCUUUAUCAUCGGCGGGAAAUGAUUACGGGCGUGCGUUACUCAUGUUGAGCGGUAUCGUGAUCCGGCAUGAGGAGCCUUGAGGUAGUGGAAAGCUUUGGACGUGUGUACCGUAGGUUUUACUUUAACGACUGUACAAUUGACUAGUUUGCUCCGCUUCUCCCUCGUUUACCUAACGAUCACAGGGACUUAUGGAUACGCGUGUACAUACACGUAUUCACGGAGUACACGUACAUUAAUAUAUAAAUGAUUGCACGUGAUAGGGACUCGAAGCGAGCAAAUUUUUUCCAUCGCUUUUUGACUUUGUGACACGAAGAUGAUGCCGUCGUUGGGACCUUUCCCGGAUUUUGAUCAAAUUUUCAAGAACAGGCCGAUGAAACGUGAUGCCUCGAACAUGGCACAAUUUGGCAACAGCCGAUCAGAAUUCAUGACAAGCGAUCUCGGCUUAAACGACAUUGAAUACGAGAGAAAAGGUGGAUUUUUUAUGUCUCAUAAGAAAACAGCAUUCGUUAUAAGUGCCUUCGUUGUAAUCAUCAUUGCUGCCGGCUUUGUCGGUGCUUAUAUUGGAUCCAUUCCAAAAGAAAAGGUUUACGACACAUUAGCUCUGAUCGAGAGCGACGUUGGAUGCGAUCACGUCGUGUCAUCUAAAUUUUCGCUUUCCAAGUCGCUGUCGCCCUCUCGUUAUCGAGUCGAGCUUUCGCCGAUUAUCGAGGGCAAUACAGUCACCAAACUGCGGGGACAUGUCACGAUAGAAUUUCAGUACAAUGGAAGCUCGAGUUUGCCCCAGCUCGUGCUGAACGCCAAAAACGUUAAUUUGACCAGCGCAACGUUGGUCUCUGGCAAAACAACAAAUUCCGAAGAUUUCAAAUCGCGGAGAAAAAGGUCGGCGACGAGCAAUGACACGGAAAUCGUUGGGAACUCAACCUCAUCAAAAGCGGACGAUAGUCGAGCCCAAAAUUUAACAGCAAACGGAACAGUUGCAGCUGACGCAUCAAGUUUGGGGCAGAAAAACGCUUCGAAUGAAACCACGACUCAUGCCGCCCAAGUGCAGAACUCGUCUACCGAAAUGAAAGCAUUCGAGGUUUCUGCCAACACCACCGAGGCAACAGUCACACCUUUGACUGAAUCUUCCACAACCGAGUCAUCGGUUAAAAAUGAAACAAGGAAAAUUGCAAUAAACAGAAAUGAAACGGACGAAAAAGCUGGAUUUCUAGUGCUGUAUCCCGAGAAAGCAAUAAAAUCAGGGGAAUACCACUUGAUACUCAACUACGAAGUUCCCAUUACCAAUUACGUUGUUUACGCCAGGAAUAAUAGCGAGAAUAGUAUUGAAAAGUGGGUCGGAGCUUCUCGAAUGCAACCCACAAGCCUCCUGGACGUUUUUCCGGCCUUCAAUGACGUCAAAAUGAAGGCUCGAUUUCAAUUCAAUCUCCCACGUCCAUUCACCAUGAAGAUUUACACAAACAUGCCUUUGAAAAAUUCUUCGAAACUGUCGAACGACUGGGUUUCGGACACGUUCGAGGAAACACCGCCGAUGUCUCCCGAAAAUGUAGUCGCAGUAGCGGGAGGACAAGUUCAAAGUCUGGGUAAAAAGACAAUUGGAAACGUGACGAUGGACUUUUGGGGUGAAAAGUUGCAGCCUGGCGGGGCGCAGUAUUUAGUGAAUAAAAUCGAGUCCGUUUAUACGAAUCUUGCAACUCUUUUUGGUGUUAAUAUUUCGAUACCAAAAUUAGACAUAAUUUCGGAGCGUCUUAGUGACUAUGAUUCUUCUUAUCCAGGUCUCAUUAUGGUUCAAGAAGCUUUGUAUGCAGUGAAAAAUAACUCAUCCAAAGUGACGAAAGAGCUCGCUCUCAUGAGUCUAAUAAAUUUGUUGGGGAAACAGUGGCUCGGUGGAGUGGUCAACAGCCAAAAUUCUUCUGACAAUUGGAUCCUCGAAAGUUCACUUUUGUAUCUUCAGCAUCGUCUCGCGAAGGAUAUUGACGCGGAAUUUAAUCAUUCUACUCUUGUCAUGGACGUUCAACCGGAUGCAUUCGAGGUUGCUGGGUACAGCGUCGCGAGAUCUCUUACAUCGAAACUCGAACCUACACAUUCAAAUUCCUACUACACAUCGGAGGCUUACGCGAUCGGUGCAUGUCUGAUUAACAUGUUGCAUGGCGCAUUAAGCUCGAUGGAAUUUCGUGCCGGAUACCUAUCUUUCGUUUCAAGGUGGUCUGGCGGCAAUGCCGAUGUCAUAUCCUUCUGGAAAGCCAUGACCGUAAAUUCGACAGCCGAUGAAAAGCCGGAAGGCGACGUUAAUUUACCGGAAAUUAUGAAUCUUUGGAGCACGGCAGGAGGAUAUCCGCUCGUCACUGUUACGCGAAACUAUGAAACUGGAUCGGCAAUCGUGCAUCAGGCUCGCUUCAGCUACGACAAGCUUUCCUCGGCAAGCCAACAACUGUGGCACAUACCGUUGACUUGGAUAAGCGAUAAAAAUUCCAAUGCUACUUUGAAAUGGAUUAAAAAUCAGGCUGAAACUACGUUGGAGCUUCAAAGUGUUGCUGCUAACGAAACAAACAAUGAAACAUGGUUUGUUUUCAACCCAUCGAAGUCGGGAUAUUAUCGCGUUAAUUACGAUCAAGAGAAUUGGAAGUUGAUCGCUGCAGCGUUGCGAGAGAAUCACUCCAAAUUUUCGCCGGUAACGAGAGCCUCGCUGGUCGAUGACCUAUUUAGCGCUGCUUUCGUUCGCUCCAUUCCUUACUCCGUUGUUUUCGAUGUCAUCCAAUAUCUCCCGGAAAAUGAGCAGGAACCUGAGCCAUGGGCUUAUUUGCUGCAGCACGCGAUUAAGUUGAAUCUCGUUCUUUAUGACAGCCCGGAAUACUCCGAAUACCAGGAACGUAUGCUGACGUUCGUUUCACCACUCUUUAACCGAGUCGGUCAGAAAAUCGAAGAAGGUUCUCGGUUAACAAUGAUCUCCCAUCAAUUGGCCUGCAUGUUCAGUUGUCCAGCUUACCUCACCUGGGCCAAGAGACAUUAUGCUGGUUUUGAGCGCUUACCAGAGUUGCCAAUAAAAAAAAAUGUACCAAGUUAUUUGCGCAGCAGUCUGCUUUGCGCUUUUGCAAAAUUAAAUGGCGAGUUGAGCUGGCAAUGGUGGGAGCAAAAGUUCAGCAACGUUACGACCAGGAAUGAGAGAAAUUCAUUGUUAUCUUCGUUGGCUUGUUUCCAAGUGCCGUCAUUGCUGCAGGCUGUCCUCAACGAGAUAGUUUACAGCAAUAGCUUCGACGAAAAGGACGCUCUCGUGAUACUCGACAGCUUCUCCAUUUAUCCAGCUGCUACCCAAGCUGCCCUUAAGUUUGUCCAGAGCAAUUGGAAAAACAUCACUAGAAGGUAUCCCAAGUCCUGUAAGGUUGUUACAGCCUUUUUGGAUGCUUCAUCCACUGGUUUCGCCGGCGAAAAAGAUAUUGAGGACUUCCAGAGUUUCAAGGCGAAAAAUUACGAGAGCCUGAAAAAAGUUGGCUACGUAACAGCACUCUUGGAAGCUAAAGCUAACGCUUCCGUGUCGUUUAUAACGUCGCUUCCGAACAAUCCAAUAUCCGAAGGCAACACAACGACGUUACGAGAUGCCGAGAUACAAGAUUCACAAACCCCCAAAGAUCUCCCUGCGUAGUGGCAUUAUCUCUUGAUUCGCGUAACCGCUUAAAAAUGGCCAUCGUAGUUAACCCAAUUAUCGAUUUUCAAUUGCUUCGACAUCGCACUAAGUAGAUUUUUAACAUUCCGAUUCACAGUCACAUACGAAAAAAUUCAAUACUCUCUCGAAUCGAAAUUUGCGGCAUCUUGAAACAACGACGCCGAUUCGUAAUUUCGAAAGUUUUUCCACUGUUAAUGAAAUUUGAAUAAUUUUUCUAAGCCAAAAAAAAGAAGCAAAAGUUAUUGAUAUUUCUUUUUUUGCAGAAAAAGUUCGAUAUUUAAUAUCUUGAAAAAUAGUCAAAAAAAAAACGUGUCUCGCAUGUCAAUAAUCAUUAAUCACUCAUUGACCAACCUUGCAGAAAUAAGACGAUUCUCUACGACAACAAGUUUUAUUCUUCCAUUAUGCUUUUUUUCAUUGAAAAGCAUGUUUACAAAAACCAAGCAGCAAGUAAUGUCUCUUUUCUUCUUCUCUCGUUAUACACCAUUGGAAAGACAGAUAUUUCCUUUCUCAUUCAUUUUCUUUUGUUUUUUUUUUUUUUUCUUUUGCUUUUGUAAUGUAGUAUACAUAUUUAACAAAUUUUCACGAGGUAUACAUAAUAACUGUGUGCCUAACAAUAAAUAUUCAUUAACUUAUAAUAAUCAUUCGUUAACUGCAUGGAUCUCUUAUUUCUUUGACCUCAUCGACGACGAUAUUUCUAUGGUUAUUUUAAAUAUUCCAUAUUUUAUUUCUCGUUUAUUUUCUCCUUUAUCAGUAUCGUUAACAUAAUUUAUUAUUAUCGUAAUCAAUAAACACUAUUUCGAUUUCGUAAAUCUAUUUGUCGCUAAUUUUUUUAAUUUAUUUCAUUUGUUUUAUUCCCUUUGCGGGAAUUCUCGCAAGACAUUGGGCUCGAGAGUUGCGCGCCUUGUUUGUCCAUCACGCGCGGAUCCUUUUUCAAAGUUGUUGAAGCUUCCAGCGAGAUUCGCUCUGUGAUUUUUGUCUUAUUUUUCCAUUCGAAUAUCGUACGGUACACACUACAGGGGUGACUUUUAAAGUAUGUUCACAAUAAUCGGAUCAGUGUUCGCUCGGUAAAACUCUCAAUGACGUUGAUAUUACAGGAGACACACGCACACAUCCACACGCACACACGAGCAUACACAACACAACGAGACUUUUCCUCGUGAAACGACACUUGACCUAGACGUUAUUUUUUUUUGUGCGUUUCGUCACUGCUACAAACACGUAAUCGCUAUUUUGGAUGGGAUGGCCCACCGGAAGAACGAAUCGAUAAUGAAAAUGUUUGUUAUUAUUAUUAUUAUUGUUAAUAUUAUUAUUAUUAUUGAUUUUUAAUUAUUAAUUUAUUAUUAAGGAGAAGGAAAUUGAAAGAAAAUAUGACUGAGACGAAAAUGCGUGUUACGCACAUGAUAACGAAUGCGAGUUUGAAAGUGCGAUGCCGAUGAAAACUGUCGGUCCGUAAGUUGUAAAAUUAUUGAUGCAGAAUAUUUUUUUUUGUUGUAAUAUUUGUAAUAAUACGAAGAAAAGUUUCCCUGGA